UAAAAUUAUGUACAUUAUUAAAUCAUCAUCAGCAGCAGCAGCAGGGCACUGAAUGAAUUCAAAAAGCAAUAUGAAUUCAGAAUCGACAUUCAACAAUAAACUAUACUGUUUAUACACUUGUACCUACUGUUUUAUCAAAUGUUUAUUAUGUUGUCAAUAUUCUGUUUGCUAUAUAUUGCAUGAAAGAUGUUAUGUCAAUUAACAUUACAAAAAUGAAAAAUAUAUCAGUCUGUUUCUGCUUAUAGAUGCCACGGAAAGUCAGAAAGAAGAUUGGUCGAAAACCAAAGCGAGAAAAAAAUAAGAAGCUGAUAGCUUCUUGGGCAACUCAUAAUGAAUACAACUACUGUCUACAUCAAAGUUUUGAUCCAGAGUCCAGAGAUUAUCAAGGUCAUCAGGACUGGUCGACAGCAAUGCUGAGAUUCUUCGAUACACACAGCCAAUCUCAAGAUGAGCAAGAGUCAGAGCUUACAGAUUCAGAUGGAGCUACUGCCAAUGAGUUCUAUGUCAUAUUAGACAGGCCAUAUUUGUAUCAUCCCGAUGAAGAUGUAGACAGGUUUGUCACAAGACUUUCUCAAGUGAGCGUCCCCAACAAAAGUUUGCGGCUUUAAGGAAGA